AACCGCCAUUAAAUAUCACAAGAAGAAGAAGAAGAAGAAGAAGAAGAAGAAAAACUCGAGAGAAGUUGCAUUCGCGAAACACUGGAAUAAUUAAAACGUUUUUCAUCGUCUAGAGAGAGAUAAAAAGAGAGGGUGGGUCCCUCGCAUACCGUCUGUGAUCAAUCUCUCGUGAUCUCUCGCUGCUGAGGGUCGUUGACCGGGCUGCACCAGAAUGAGGACCUCCUUUCUCCCAUCUCCUCCACAUCCUGCACCCCUUCUGAUGUCCAGCUCUUCUCUAAGUGGCUGUGCAGAACUCGACCUGUCUGUCACACUCAGCCCCACCCCCAACACUGGCCACUCAGAGAUGAAGCCCAGCCCCCCAGGACUGACCAGAGGAAAGAAGAAGGAACAGGUGUGUUUUGGAGAGCCAGUGGUCGUCAGAGAUGCCCCACAGAAGCAGCCCAUCAGAGCCCUUUGGCAGUCAGCGGAGCCUCCCGCUGAAACAUCAAAUCAAGAUCUUGACUGUCUGGAGAUGGUGGAGUUAAACACGACUCUGGCUCUGAAAGCAGAGUUUCAGUCACUGCAGGCUGUGGAGUUUAAUUUCCAGAACGCCAUCCAAGAGACUCUGUAUAAGUCAGAGAGGACUAAGAACUUGAUCAACGCAAGAGCUACUAAAGUGGUAAAUGUCUCUCGAUCUCAGCCUCUCUUCACCUCUCUGGUUAGUGUCAACGUUCAGAAGGAUCAGCUGAUCAGCCUGGUGCUUCAGGACAGGCUGGCCACCCGUCCCCUCUGCCAUGACAACACAGCAGCAGAUGGUCCCUCCCGCUUCCUCUUCAUGUCCUCUGACUUGCUCAGACAGAAGCCCUUCCCACCAGAGGAGGACAAUGUAAAAUUGAAGCCCAACCUAUCAUCAAGAUCCAUCCACUCACCCUUUGACCUCUGCAGAAGACAGAGACAAUGGGAAGCCAUGCCCUGACUAAGGAGAGCUCUGAUCAGCUGGGGAUAGUGAAGUUCUUACUGUUGUGAUUUUCUAAUGAGUAUUAAAAUUACUUAAAUCUGUUUGAUUUGAGUUAAGUUCUGUGCAAUAAAACUUUUUACCAUCA